AUGACGAUGACCUCUUCUUCUGCCUCGAAUAUACAUAUUGCCGACUCGUCCGGACCGUCGCCCGGCACCGCUACGGUGUCCGAGACGCCCGCCACAGCGAGCGACCUCUCUUCUCUUUGGUCUCAAGCCUUCCAUAAAUACCAUGACAAGACUGGGAUCGACCCGCGAACGCAUGCUCUCACCAAGAAUCUAGCGAAUUGCAGCACGGUCGACGAGAUUAUGCAUCUCUUCGAUACGAAGAUGCAGGAAUUCAAGACCUUCCGCGUCGGCGAUCCCAACUCGAAGUGGAUCAAACUCCGAAACGACUAUCUUAAGCCGGCCGUCAAGGUCGUCCUCUGCUUGAAUGACGCUUUCGCCGAAACGGCAGCGUACUUCCCUGUUGUCCCAGGCGGCAAGGCCAUUUUCGUGGCUUUCGGUGCACUUCUCCUCGCGACGGAUGGGAUGUCGAAGCGCUAUGACGCUCUCAUAGACCUGUUCGAGGAGAUACCCUUCUUCCUCGAUAGCGUGCGCGUGCGCGAGUCGAAUCCGCAGAGUUGGGGCCCCGCCUCCAAGAACAUCGCCGCGGCGAUUCUUGCUCACCUUCUCGAAGUCAUGGCACUCGCCUUCACGUUAAUGAAACCCAGCUCCAAAGUCGACCACCUGCAGCGCAUAGUUCACUUUGGGCAGAGUCUGGCGGGGAACACGGACAUGCAGGAUGCUCUUCGGCGGUUGCGCCGCCUUACGAAUCUCGAGAUACGUGCCAUAACCUCAGAACUACGUGUCGAGGCCGCGGAGAGUUUGAAGAUUACGAAGGCGUUGAUGGGCGAUCUUGCUGCGAUGGACAUAGCGUAUUCAAACCACUUCACCGAUCUCGCUACACGUCUACAAGAUGAGCAUACCGAGGCAUCAACGGAGCGUGCGUUGGCAGCAGAAGAACGCGCUCAAGCGACGGAGGAACGUUCUCGAGCGGAAGCAGCACGUACUCGCGAACAGCAAGAGCUCGGACAGAUCAGACAUACACAGGCCCACGCUGCUGCUAAUGCUGCCCUCGACAGAUUAGAUCGCCUGGAUAAGGCCGAUCUUGCUGCCCAGACACGAUCUGCUUGCCUUCCUGGAACCCGUAUCAAGCUUCUCGCCGAUCUUUCGGCAUGGAGUCGCAACCCUGAUGGGCCACGCACCUACUGGUUGAAUGGCAUGGCAGGGACCGGGAAGUCUGCGAUCGCGCGCUCAUUUGGCGAACAUCUGCGAGAUCAUCGCCUUCUCGGUGGCAGUUUCUUCUGUUCUCGUGAAAGUGAUGCCGAAUUGAAGGAUUCCAAGCGGAUCGUCCCCACGCUUGCUGCUACAUUGGCUGCUCUCGAUUCUGGCUAUAAGCUUGCUCUUAUGCCUGUCCUUGAGAAGUACUCAGCUGAAUCUCGUCCGAGCACGUGGGGUCUUCGUGAGCAGGUUGUGAGGCUCUUCUGCGAGCCAUUUGCUUCAGGUUAUGCACCGCACAUGCCGAGCUAUAUCUUGAUUAUUGAUGCUUUGGAUGAAACGAGCGAUAUGACGGUUGAGGAACUUUUGAAAGCACUCAUCGAUCGGUCUGCCGAUAUUCCGGUCAGAUUUUUCCUGACUUCCCGACCCGAGGAGCAUAUCCAACAAGGUCUAAGAACUGUUGAGAAAUGUUUACAACUGCAUGACAUCGAGAAGGACAUUGUCGAGGCUGAUAUUCAAUGUUAUGUUGCUCAUCGAAUGCAGAAUGUCAUCGCAGAGUUCGAUCACCUUGAUUUGCCCCUGGAUUGGCCAUCACCAGAUGAUGUCAGCUCGCUUGCUGCUCUUGCUGGAGUUUUGUUCAUUCAUGCCUUUACUACGACUGAAUACAUACGUGGACGUGGGGGGAAUCCAGUUGAUCGUCUCCAGAGUGUUCUCAAACUUGAGCACAAUCCCAGAAGGUUCUGA